UCAGUUCGCCAUGGGUGAUCAAGAGGAAAGUAAAGCUUCCUCGGGAUGGAAGGCUUUUUGGAACUCCAUUACAAUAGAGCCAAUGCUUUUCAUCUAUAUCCUAGGAGGAGCGACUGUUACUGGUGCAGCACUGAAUACAAAUCUUCUGAUACGCAAAAUAUGCCUCGCAGACCUUCACUUCAACGAGACCGUGUGUGAUCACUUGGACCUACCCGAGAAUGACGAUUACGAGAAUGAGGUCCAACUGCAAGUGAACAAUUUCCAAAUGAUUGGUCAAUGGAUUGGAGCAAUACCAGCCUUGAUAUUGGCUCUAUUUGCGGGAGGGCUUUCGGAUGACAUUGGAAGAAAACCAUUGCUAAUUGUACCCUUGGUGGGAUCAACACUGACUUCUUUGUUGGAAAUUCUGAACUUGGUUUUCAUUGACGUUUUCCCUACUCAAGUUUUCUUCGUUGAGCAAUUGUACAGCUUCUUUGGUGGCAUGUCCGUCUACUACAUGGGAUUCUAUGGAUAUGGAAGCAGUGCAAGCAAUCCCAAGGAAAGAACAACCCGUUUGGCCCGAUUUGACGGAGUGGAACAAACUGGAUCUUUGAUUGGCACACUUUUAUCUCCUGUGCUGUUCUCGGCCGUUGGAUACCUGGGUUGUUAUAGCAUCAGAGCCGUACUUCAUUUCCUAGCUUUGGUGUAUAUGAUCUUCAUUGCCAAGGAGCCACAUCAACGGAAAGGAAAGCUCUUUAAGACCACUAAACAGACCCCUGAUGGUUCCAGGAGCAUGUCUUACUUAGAAGUGUUCUGGGAAGGUAUCAUGUCAAUAUUCAUCCGACCAAUUAUUGGAAUGAUCCAAACAGUUUUGCGGGAUCGUCCCAAAUGGUUGAGGCUACUUCUCUGGAUCCAGCUCUUCAUAUUUGCCAUCUAUUGGUUUUUAUGGGAGGAAAACGCUAUCCUUUACUUGUACGCCCUCAAAUGUAUUCCUGGCUAUGAUGGAACCAUUCAUUCCUUCUACCAGCUUAUGAUGCGGGUCAUUGGAAUGCUUGCCUUACUCUUUGUGAUGCCGCUUAUUUGUCUUAAAGCCCAAGUCCACGAGGGGUUAAUCCUAAUCUGCAUCAGCUUUUUGGUCGCUUUGGGCACCCUGGCAACAGCCUUUGCCACCAAUAUAUGGCAAUUCUUUGUUUGCCAAGCUCUUCUAAGUGUUAGAAUAUGCCAAUAUUCCACUGCCAGAUCCAUGAUGACCAAGUGUAUCAGUCCCGAUGAAGUGGGCAAGCUCUACUCGUUCAUUGCUGUUAUAGCGGCCAUAAUGCCGAUUCUGAGCAAUCCUGCUUUUCGGCAGUUGUACAACGCUACACUAAAGACCUUCCCAUCUGCCUUCCUGCUUUUCGGAGCUGCCUUGUCAGUGAUCGUUGUAUACCUUAACUUCUUCAUUUAUAGUGGAAGAAAGUACAUGUUGGUUGAUCGAAAGGGUGCAGUUCUUCGAACUAUGCUUGAUCAUGACUUGGCAGUAAUUGAGCUGAAAGAGAUACAGGCGUGAUUAAACUGAUUUUUGUUUUA